UUUUAAUCAAACAUUUGAGAAUGUAUCCAACUCCAUUUCAAUUUUUUAUUAGUCAGUCUCACGCUAAGAUAUAGGGUUUCUGAAACGCUCAAGACUCAACAAUUUCACUUAAAAAAAAAAUUGCGAACGGCAAUCAAAAUUCUCAUACAUAUAGAUAUAUAUGGAAUCAAAAAUAAAAAUAAAAAACUAGCAAGACCCAACCCACUUCUCCAUAGCUGAAACAGAAAUAGGAAGGGAGAAGAAAUUAAUGGCAUGGUUUAGGCGGAGGAGAUAAUAGGAUUUUUGAAAUGGGUUAAGAUCAAUUGGAGCUCUCUCUCUCUCUCUCUCUCUCUCUCUAUUUUGAUUUACAGAAAGGGAAACAUAAACAUGGGUCGAAGCGUAUCGCGUUCGCCAUCCUACAGCAGAAGUAGGAGAAGAAGCAGAAGGGACCGGAGCCGAAGCCGCUCUCCCUACACUGUUUCUCGUUCCAGGCGAAGAAGUCAUUCUAGUUCGCCACGACGGCGCCGAAGCCGAAGUAGAAGUCACUCGCCUAGGCGUCAUAGAAGACAAAGAAGUAGGAGUACUUCACAGUCUUCAUUACCAAAAUCACGUAGUCCAAGUCUAGCAUUAAAUGAACGCAAAAAUGCAACCGAUAAAGUUCGGAAGGAGGAGGAGGAGGAGAAGAAGAGGCCUCAACAGGAGGCAGAACUGAAACGACUAGAAGAAGAGACUGCAAUGAGAAUAGAGGAAGCAAUUCGUAAAAACGUUGAGGAGAGGCUGAAUUCUGAGGAAGUUAAAAUAGAAAUAGAGAGGAGAAUAGAAGAAGGUAGAAAGAAAUUGUUUGAUGAUGUUGUUGCUCAACUUGAGAAAGAAAAGGAAGCUGCCCUUAUUGAAGCAAGACAAAAAGAAGAACAAGCACGAAAAGAGAGAGAAGAGCUUGAUAAGAUGCUAGAAGAGAAUAGGAGGAGAGUGGAAGAGGCUCAGAGAAGAGAAGCUUUAGAGCAGCAGAGGAAAGAGGAGGAACGCCAUCGAGAAUUGGAGUUGAUCCAGAGACAGAAAGAAGAGGCUGCAAGGAGGAAAAAGCUGGAAGAGGAGGAAGAACAUGCAAACCUAAUGAAGUUGCAAAGCAAGAACAAAUCUCGAUCCAAGUCAUUUGGGUUGUGGAACAAAACCCUUUAAUUAGGGAACAAAACAGUGUGCCUGUUAGUAACUUGCGUGAAUGGCAAAGCUUUCUGGUAAGAACUGCCUGCUGAGAGGUCCUUGGCUUUUGGCAGCUGUUUUGAUCAAGUCCUAUGGUGUUAAUUCUUGGUAUGAAUGGAAACCCAGGACUUAAAUAUGCAAAAGGUCUCUUUAAAAAAUUCCUCAAUUAUAGGGAUUGGGGGUGUUAAAGAAGAUAAUUUCUCUCAUUAUUUAGGAAAAAUUUCCAACUUACCCCUUUAUCAGUCUCAAGUUAGUUAGAUAAAACCUUGUAAUAUUAUUUACUUUAGAUGAUUAAUCUAGCAAGACUUUCAACCUUUUCCUUU